UUCUAUUUAGUUUUGCGUUUUCAAAUUGUAACCAAAGCACAGCUGACGCAACAGAGCUACCAUCAUACUUUUGGCUAUUUUUUUGAUGUGCAUUGGCAGCACUGAAUUUGGCUCGUCACAUUCGCAGCAAACCAAACAUAAUGGAUACACUGCACUGGGAUGUCACAUGCGAUGGAUGCGAGAAGACGAAUCUAGUUGGCUAUCGUUACAAGUGUCUUCGCUGUGACAACUAUGAUCUGUGCUCCGAGUGCUACGAGAGUGAGCUGGAGACGGCAGAUCAUAGCAGGAAUCAUCCAUUUCAAUGCCUCUUAGAUCGUGCUGCACGCGAGUUGCACUUUAAUGGUGCCGAGAUACCGGACCUGUGUGCUGAUAGCUUCACUUGCCCCAUCUGCGGCAAAAUGGGGCAUGCAGCGAAGGAGCUGGUGAAGCACGUGCAGUCCAAGCAUCUUGGCGAUAACACACCAGUUAUCUGUCCUCUCUGUGCUGCGGUUCCCUCCGCGGACACGCUGCGUAUGAGCAAUCUGGUCAAUCACAUGACCGUCAUGCAUGGCACCAGCAUUUUGCGUAUUGGCGGUGGUUCUGGCGGUGGUUCUGGCGGUGGUGCUGACAGCAACCAAGUGGUGUGCACCGAAGCUGCCGAAUGGCCGCCAACUGGACAUGUUCAUGCUCAAAGCCAUGGUCUUGGCAACAGAAGAGACCAAGUUCUUACGUUUGGUUGUGGUCAUGGUCAUAUUCCCGCUCAUGGUCCUGUUGCUGGACCUGGUCGCUGUCAGGGUCUAAUUCAGAGGCAUGGUCGCGCUUAUGGUCAUGGUCAUGGUCAUGUUAAUGGCUUUGGUCGUCUGAUCGGCUGUUGCAAACAUUGGAAAAGAGAGUCGAUGUUCCGCAAUGUUGCCCUUUAUGCACAACCUUGGCUGGAGGAUCACAGCUCCCUCAACGGCGGCAUGCAGACAACGCGGGAUCCUGAUCUCGAUCUUUCCAACGAAGAGAAAUACCAUGACGCCUUUACUGCCGAUGAUGCCCAUAUCUAAGAGAUUCAAGAAAACAUACAGAGCGAGUCUGUUCACCAUUCUUGUGCUCCUCAUUGUCAAUUUUCGUGUUCUUUGACAAAAAG